AUGUUGGGCAUACAAAUUGUGCGUGACAGGAAAGCCAAGAAAUUAUGGCUAUCACAGGAGAAGUACGUUGAACGGGUGAUUGCGAAGUUUAACAUGAAAGAUUCCAAGCCAGUUGAUACUCCGCUGGCUAAUCAUUUCAAGCUCAGCAAGAGUUCUUGUCCCUCCUCUACUAAAGAAAAAGAGAAGAGAAUGGAGGCUAUUCCCUACUUAUCGCCCGUAGAGAGUUUGAUGGGGAGCUGUGCCUUGGCAGUCCAAGUUACAGAAUUAUGUUGUUUUAUCCACAAACGAGGCAGAAUUAUAUACCGCAGCGGAAGCUGGGAAAGAGAUGUUGUGGUUACAGCGGUUUCUCCAAUAGUUGGGAUUAAAACAAGAAAGUUCAUGGCAGUUAUUAGAACUGAUCAAGAUCCAUACAGUAAGAAUCCAGCUGACAUACUGACAAAGGUGGUCUCGAGAAACAACUCAAAAUCUGCAGAGACAUUGCCGGGAUGGACUUCAAAUGAGAAGUCAGCUCCAUAUGGGCGUGGAGGGGAAGAAUUGUUAGGCAAGUUGACUGAUGGGGGCGAGAUUGCGGUGAAGAAACCAUUGGUGAUCUCAGAGAAGGGAAAGGAACUUGUCCUGAACGAGAUGAAACUGCUGUUGGGGUCUGCACACCACCGAAAUAUUGAGUUUGCAAGUAAUGGCAGCCUUCAACUAAUCUCAAACUUUUGUACUAUUUUUGAUGGUCUAGAUUCAGAGGCUUGUAGAGCAGACGCGCUUGACUGGAAGCGAACAUAUGCCAUAAUCAUAGGUGUUGCCCGAGGCUUGCUUUACCUUCAUGAACGAUCACACAAUGUAAUUAUCCACUGUGACAUUAAACCCACCAACAUCCUAAUAGAUGAAAAUUGGGUCCCCAAAAUUGCUGAUUUUGGCAUGGCCAACCUCUUCCCUCAAGAUCAAACGCAUGUUAAUAUCAAUGAAGCUACCGUCAGUGGGUAUUUGGCUCCCGAGUACAUGGAUAAUGGACACGUCUCUCCGAAGGCGGACACAUACAGCUUUGGAGUAGUGGUUUUGGAGUUGAUAAACAGUCGGAAGAAUUGGAAUUCCCAUAAUCAGUCUCCCAAUGGUCAAGGUCUAUGGGAUACGGCAAAUGAACUCUGCAAGGAAGUAAAGGUGUCAGAGUUUAUGGACCUGAAAUUGAUACCAUCGGCUGUCCUUGAUCAAGUACAAUUGUGUGUAAAGAUUGGGGUGUUGUGCAUAGAAUUUGAUCUAGAACUACGACCCACCAUGGAUCGCGCGUACUCAAUGCUAUUAGAGAACCAUAGUAGCAGCAACACCCUAGUUAAUGAACCAAUGAGAGACGGAUCAUCAUCAUCAUCAUCCACAGCUUGA